AUGGUUGAGGUUAAAAUUAGAGAUAAAUAUUAUCUUGCAGAAUUAAUCAAAAUAAAUGAUAAAAAGUUUACUGCAAUAAUCAGAGGAGAUCGUGACCUGAACGGAAGAAAAGUAAAAGGAGGUACUUAUUAUGUGCGAAAGGCUUUGGAAGUGGGUGAAUUAGUUGGGUUAAAGAACACGCACAGAGGGACUGGAGAGGACGAAGUUCUUCUGUCAAAAGUCAAAAAGGUGUUGGAAAAUGGAAAAUACGAAAUUCAAGUCAUACAGCGACCACUUUUUGGGAAAAACUUUGACAGAUUCCCAAAAGAAUUAACUAUAACUAAAGUUUUUGCUGUUGACGAAGAGGUUGAAGUAGAAUACAAUGGAGUUUGGGUUAAGGCAAAAGUUAUAGAAGUCCCUGAUAGAAACCGAGAGACAUAUCUUGUCGAAUUUACAGAACAAUCUGGACUUUAUGGAGAACGAGCAGACAUAUAUGCCAUCAACAUGAGUAAAAUUGAAGAGGGAAGUCACAUACAGCACUAG